AUGUCUAGUACUACUGUACAUCGUGUUGCAGCGACCGGAUUCGGCGAAGGAACCAACGAACUCUAUGAUCGGGCGCGUCCUUCAUACCAGCCACAAGUUUUGCAAUACAUUCGCGACCAGAUCUCCUCGCCUGGUUCUCUGCACCUCGUAGAGCUUGGCAGCGGCACAGGCAUAUUCACUCGCGCUCUCCUCGCUCACCCGGCAUGGACUUCGGCCCUCGGCGCCCUGCGCGCAUUCGAGCCAAGCUCCGGUAUGCGCGACCAGUUCAACAAGACCGUGCACGACCCCCGGGUCUCUUGCCACGACGGAACUUUUGACACAACCUCUGUCGAAGAUGGGUGGGCGGACGCAGUCAUCAUUGCCCAGGCCUUCCACUGGUGCCCGGACUUCAACGCCGCCUCUGCUGAGUUCGCCAGGAUUUUGAAGCCGGGAGGUGCAGUGUUCUUCGUAUGGAACCUGGAAGACAGGGAGAAGGCUCGUUGGGUAGCACAGCUGAGGGACACGUAUGAGCAGCAUGAGAACGGCGCCCCGCAGUUCCGCCUCGGCCUCUGGCGCGCCGCUUUCGAUACUCCCAACUACGUCCAGUCCUUCGAGAAACCUAUCGAACAGACCUGGUCGUAUGCUAUCACAAGCACGGAGGACAGCGUGGUUGACCGCGUAUGCUCCAAGUCAUACAUCGCGAUCCUCCCCGAUGACGAGAAGAAUAAAGUCAAGGCCGCCGCUUCAGAGAUCGUUCGUAAGGGAGAUGAGAAGGUAUGGAUUGACGAGAAUGCCGGCGUCUUUGAGUAUCCCUAUCAGACCUUGGUCGUCCUCGCGCGGAAGAAGUAA